ACUCUCUCUUCUUCGUCCCCCUCUCUCUCUCUCUCUCUACCAGUGCCCAUGUGAACUGUGAACGGAAACACAAGCAUUGAUACAAUAUGAUAUGCUUGAGAUCAAAUUCCUGUUUUCUUCGUCGUCUCUUCUUCUUUCUAUUUCUCUUCGUGUUAUUCAUUUCUGCCUCGCCGAGUUCUUCUUUGCAUUCUCUUAUUCCCGAUGGCGUGGAUGAUGUGGUGAGCUUAAGACCGUAUAAUGUGGAGCUGCCAUGGGAUACGAGGAGACCACUGGCCGACGAAACUGCGGCCAAAAGGUCUCUCGUGUUGGCUCAGGAAAGAACUCGUCGGAAAGAUCCGCUCGACCAUUUUAAUCUUUACAAUGGUGGUUGGAAUAUCAGCAAUCCGCAUUAUUACGCCUCAGUAACUUUUACUGCGGUCCCCUUCUUUGUCAUUGCUGCAGCUUGGUUCGUGAUUUUUGGGCUUUGCUUAUCCCUCAUUUGUCUGUGUUACUGCUGUUGUCCUACAGAGCCUUAUGGCUAUUCUCGAGUAGCCUAUGCUUUGUCCCUCAUCUUUCUCAUCCUUUUCACCCUUGCGGCAAUAGCUGGAUGCAUUAUCCUUUACACUGGUCAGGGGAAGUUUUACACCAGCACCUCAAACACUCUGGAUUAUGUUGUGCGUCAGGCUGAGUUCACUGCUAAAAAUCUCAGGAAUGUGUCAAGUUAUCUUGACACAGCUAAGGUGAUUGGAGUUGAUGCAGUUUUUUUGCCACCAAAUAUUCAGAAGAACAUCAACAAUGUUAAAUCAAAAAUAGACACUGCCGCUGCCACACUUUCUAGUAAGACAAAGCAGAAUUCUAAGGGUAUACGAAAUGGCAUUGAUGGAAUGAGAUUGUCUCUGAUCAUUGUUGCUGCUGCUAUGCUCUUUCUUGCAUUUCUUGGAUUCUUAUUUUCCUUAUGUGGGCUGGAGUGUUUUGUAUACUUCUUGGUAAUUGUUGGCUGGAUUCUAGUUGCAGGCACAUUUAUUCUCUGCGGUGUAUUUCUUUUUCUUCACAAUGUUGUGGGAGAUACAUGUGUUGCCAUGGAUGAGUGGGUUCAGAAUCCUACAGCUCAUACCGCCUUGGAUGAUAUUCUUCCUUGCGUGGACCAUGAAACAGCCCAGGAAGCCUUAUACCGAAGCAAAGAAGUGACAUACCAACUUGUUGUGAUAGCAGACUCCAUCAUCGCCAAUGUCACAAACAGGAAUUUCCCAUCUUCUGCGGGACCUUUGUAUUACAAUCAAUCGGGGCCCCCGAUGCCUUUUCUUUGCAGUCCAUUCAAUUCUAAUCUCACACACAGGCAGUGUGCGGCCGGGGAGGUGACCUUGCAUAAUGCUACCAAGACGUGGAAGAAUUACACUUGCCAGGUUUCUUCAUCAGGCAUUUGCACCACACCCGGCAGGAUGACCCCUAUCAUAUACUCACAAAUGAUGGCAGCUAUCAAUGUGAGCUAUGGUUUGUACCAUUACAGUCCAUUCUUGAUCAAUUUGGCAGACUGCACUUUUGUCCGGGAAACAUUCAGAAACAUCGGCAACAAUUACUGUCCCAAUCUGCUGAAAUUUAGUCUUUGGAUUUAUGUUGGACUAGUCAUCAUAUCUGCAGCUGUAAUGUUGUCUUUAAUCUUUUGGGUUAUUUAUGCAAGAGAACGCUGGCAUCGUAUUUACACCAAAAUGUUCGUCAUUAGACGGUUCUAAAAGACCUGAGGCACCUGAAGAUGUGAUUUGUGAGCCAAGGCACAUUAGAGCUCUCAGUUCUAAACUUUCUAAGGAUGUGGAGAUAUGGAACAUUGGUUCAUGAAAGAAUAGCUAGUUACCAGGGUUAACCUCAAAAUAUGUUUUUGAAUGUUCCAAUUACAUGAAUAUUUGGAUCACCUUGGUAUUUCUGGAAUUAGUGUUUCAUAUAUAUCAAUAUCUGGAACUUUAUAGUUUAUCAGGGAGUUGUUCAACAUCUCCGGAGCCACUGGGCAUAAUACUUCCAUUACUUCAAAGCGAUGUUAUCUCCAAGUUGCACCAAGGUGUCUUGUUCUCCUUAUGGAAAGGAAAAUUAAACAUUUUCGUAAGCUGUGUCGAUAUUAUAGUUGAUUUUUUAUUA